AUGAACCUUUACAGAACAAGGUGGCCUAAACCAUUAUGUGACUAUCCUUUCCAACCACCUAAUCGGAACCUGAACAGAAUAGAUAUAAUCAAUGCCAUUAAAAGACUAAAAACCCAUAAAGCAGCCGGAAUCGAUGGGAUUUUUGCGGAACUUUGGAAGAUAGAUGCUGAUUUAAGUGCUAGUCUACUGCUUCCCCUCUUUAAUGAGAUAUGGAAUACUGGCAAUUUCCCAGAGGAAUGGAUGACAUCGAUAAUACUUAAUUUCCCUAAAAAUAAGAACCCGACUAGCCUGAAGGACUACAGAGGAAUUGCACUGAUCCCAGUUACCCUAAAAAUGUUCACGUAUAUUAUAGCCGCCAGGAUUAAACCAAUCAUCGAUGGAAACCUCUCAAACGCCAUCACAUCAUAUAGGAAGGGCAGGAACACGACGGAACUAACCAUGGCGCUUAAGGUUAUUCUGGAGAAAGCUAGAAUGCAUAAGUCCCAAAUAUUUGCCCUAAUGAUUGAUCUAAGUCAAAGCCUUUGA